CGCCUUGUUCGUCAUUCAUUUCUCUUUUCUUUUGUAAUUUUGAUCAAGUUGAAAAAUCGUUUAAAUUAUUUUAAUACCAUGUAAAACAGCGUAAAAUUUUUUAUUAUUCUUAAUAAAAAAUUAGCAAGUGUAAAUCUUAUCAAAUAAAUAUUUUAAUUUUUAAUCCCUAAAAUAAAAAAUUAAAUACAUUUUAACAAACGAUUGGCAGCGGCGACAGCUAAACAAAAAAAAGAAGAAAAUCGCAGAAAAGAAAAUAGGUGCAGACAAGAAAUUUAAAAAACCAAACCAAUCAUGGAAAGUCCUUGCGAAUCCGAAAGUUCAUUGGAUGGUGGUACCAUGUUGCCCCCAAGUCCCGUAUCUAGGGAACAAUUACAAAAACGCAUAGAAUCCUUGACCCAACAAAACAAAGUUCUGAAAGCCGAAUUGGAUACUAUGAAAAUCAAAUGUAAAGUUGUUCAAGAAGAAAAUCGCACGCUUAAACAAGCAUCCGUAAUCAUACAAGCAAAAGCUGAGCAGGAGGAGGAAUAUAUUUCCAACACACUUUUGAAAAAAAUUCAAGCUUUAAAAAAGGAAAAGGAAACUUUAGCGCAUCACUAUGAACGUGAAGAAGAAUGUCUAACCAACGAUUUGUCCAGAAAACUAGAUCAGCUUCGCCAAGAAAAAUGUAAAUUAGAGCAGACACUCGAACAAGAGCAAGAGUGUUUAGUUAAUAAAUUAAUGCGUAAAAUUGAAAAACUUCAGGCCGAAACUGACAACAAACAAACAAAUCUUGAGCAAUUGCGUAGAGAAAUGGUUGAACUUGAGAAUACUUUAGAGCAAGAGCAGGAGGCAUUGGUUAAUAAGCUGUGGAAGCGUAUGGAUAAAUUAGAAACCGAGAAACGCUUGCUACAAAUUAAACUUGAUCAACCGGUCUCGGAUCCAACAACACCACGUGAUAUUACAAAUGCUAACGGAGAUACUGCCUCCAAUUUAAGUUCGCACAUUCAAACUCUAAGGUCUGAAGUUAUUCGUCUCAGGGCCAAUUUGGCAGCAGCUGAAAAAGAGGCCACAAAGAAAGUCCAACAAUUCGCCCAAGAGGAAAAAUCCAUUCGUGAGGAGAAUGCGCGGCUACAACGCAAAUUGAAGCAAGAAGUAGAAAGACGGGAAGCAUUGUGUCGCCAUUUGUCUGAAUCAGAAUCGUCUUUGGAAAUGGAUGAGGAGCGUUUCUACAAUGAGAAUAUAUUGGCAACAGGUGCACCUUUGACUGGAUCAGCAUUAAAUGCUCAUCGUCAACGUACCAUUAGUAGUCCAGUAUCUCAUAGUCCAUCAAACAGCCGCCCCUUAAGUCCAGGCACAUCACAACAAAACCGUUGUUACGCAUGCGGUCAAGUAGUUAAUCGUCGUGCUAGUGAACGUUUUAUUAAGCCAGCACUGCCUACACCCAUGUUGGGUCUUAAUACUUCAGCUCCAAAUGUUUUAUCCGGCUCGACAGGUGUUGGUCCAACUGUUGUAGGUGGCUUAUUCUCAAGUUCCUCAAAUGCUACGGGGCCAUCUGCUAGUUUUCUCAAUAGUUUGGGCAAUGAACGCCUCUCAUUGAAUUCAGCCACUUUGCUAGGUUAUAAUGCUGCACCACCAGUUUUACCACCUACCAGUUCUUCCGCUCAAGCAAAUCCAUUAAGUUUUAAUUUACAACAGAAUACGUCCAAUUCAAUGAAUGUGAGCAGUGGUGCAAAUUCCGCAUUUACACCAACUAAUCCAACUGGCGGCGCCACUAAUACUUUUGCCCAACCGGCCAGUCCUAUGGACACUUCAACCUGCAAAGACUAAAAAGUCGAAGCAACAUAAACUGAAAAUAUAUUUACAAAAAACAAUUAUGUUACUAUUAUAAAUACAUAACAAAUUCAAAUUCAAUUAACAGCAGAAGUAUAAAAGAAACAUUAGUAGCCGAACGUGGUUGAGCUUUUAGGAAACGUAAAUUAAAACAUUGAACGAAUUAAUCGCAGAUAGCAUAACUGUGGAACAUUUUAAAUGAUUAGCUAACAACUACUUCUAUUCCUGAUGGUGACUUUAUUUGUUUUCAUAAUAAAAACUAUAACAUUUUUGUAUUUACGCAAAUUACAAGCUUGAAACUAAAAAUCUUAUUAUGACAAUUGUAUAACAGACUUUUGCAAAAUCUAUUAAUAAUUGAAAAAGUUGUUAAUGAAAAAUUUACCUUUUAUUGGUAAUCGUUUGGAAAUGCAAUUGUGAAAUAUUAAAGAUGCGAGAGAAGGAAAAACAAUAUUAUAUUACUCUAUUUUCAAUUUUCGAAAGUAAAUGCAAAAAAUUUAGAAAUCAAUAGAUAUUAACAAAAACAAACAAUUUAAAAAAAAAAACCUAAUUAAAUGCUACAGAAAUUUAAAGAAAAACACUACAACUACUACCAACAAUAAGUACUAUAAAAACACAUAUUUUAAGUAAAUGUAGGUAUGCCGUGUUUCUUUGUUCUUUAAAAUUAAAUUAUAAAAAUUGUCUGCACUCUCAUCAACUCGCCACUAUCUCUACACUAUUUAGUACGUAUUUUAUUAAUUCAUUUAUUAUUAUUACACUAAAUUAAAAAUUGCAUUUUAUGUUUGUUAUUAAGUUAUUCCUUAAUUUCAUAAUUUUUUAUCGUUUAAUUAAAAAUGAAAAAAACAAGAUUUGUUUCGAAAUUCUUCAAAAGAACUAUUAACUACUAUUUUAUCUCUAUACAUACAAAAAUACAUACAUUUAUUAAACAUUAACAAUUUUUCUCUUCAUAUACAUAAUGAAUAUAUGAAUAUACAUAAAUAUAUUUAUUUAAUUUAACGUUAAAACUAAACUAAAAUUACGAAUAAUGAUUCAGACAUCAUAACAAAUUAAGAUUAAAUAAAGAAUUUAAAAUAAAUUUUAAGGGUU